GCGGCUCAGUAGCAGUCCGCGCGCUCAGCUGUUCGCACAACCAGCAGAGCAGCUAUCUCACAUAUACCGUAUCUUCUCCUCGCAACUAUUAUAACGAUCGGAAAUAAACUCGAGUACGCGAGCGAUAUAAUGUUCGCGCGACUCAAAUAGAAUUCGAAGGUGAGAGACGACGACGAGCGAUCAACGAUUUAUACAUGUGCCACGGCGCGAACCGGCGAUGCCGGAUGUUACACGUCUGAAGCUACAGGUGUCUUUCUACCCCAAAAAACCAGCGAUGAAAUCGCCAAAUCCGCAACAUCGUUAACUCCACGAGCUCCGUGAUCUUCGAGUUUCGUUCGCCGACAAGACAGUCAGCUUUGCAGUAUUGACUCUGACGACUCGAAAUGGAUGAAUUGGAAUGGGCAUCAGAGAUGCCGCCAGGAAACACAACGGUGGCGGGCAGCACGAUGCAGGAGGACGAGCUGCGGCUGAUCAAAUUGGAACGCCAGCAAGAGUGCCUCGGGAAACUGGCCCUCAACUCCACUCCACCGCCAGAACCUUAUUGUCCAGCACUUUUUGACGGUUGGUCAUGUUGGCCCAACACUCCGGCGGGGACAACGGCCUAUGCUCCUUGUCCAGAUUUUAUAACUGGGUUCGAUCCAACACUGAAGGCGCACAAAGAAUGUCAACACAAUGGCACAUGGUUUACGCAUCCUGAAACGCAUAAAAUAUGGAGUAAUUACACAACAUGCGUCAAUCUUGAUGAUCUCAUUUGGCAGCAGCAGCUGAACUAUCUUUAUGAGACUGGCUACACGAUAUCGCUGGUGGCACUGCUUAUAUCUCUGGGAAUCCUCACAUACUUCCGAUCGCUGAGAUGCGCGAGAAUCACGCUGCACAUGAAUCUGUUCGCAUCGUUCGCCGCCAACAAUGCGCUUUGGCUCCUUUGGUACGGGUCUGUCGUUGCCAACGCUCAGCUACUCCUGCACAACGGUUUUGGCUGCCGUUUUCUACAUGUGAUACUACACUACUUCCUAUUGACGAAUUACGCGUGGAUGCUGUGCGAAGGCUUCUAUCUGCACACACUCCUCGUCAGCGCCUUCACAAGCGAAAUAAAAUUGGUCACUUGGCUAAUGGCCCUUGGAUGGUCUAUACCCGCAGUCAUUGUCACCGUCUACGCUUCGCUCAGGGCAACCAGUGACGACCCCAUCGACUUGCUACAAUGUUGGAUCAACGAAGGCAACUACAUGAUCGUACUUAUCUAUCCAGUAUGCGUAUCAACGCUACUCAACUUGCUAUUCCUCUGCAACAUUGUGCGGGUUUUACUUACAAAGUUGAGAGCUGGACCAGCUGUUGGAUCGCAAGCGCCCUCGACAUAUAUACUGCAGGCUUUCCGAGCGACAUUACUGUUGGUACCCCUGCUGGGUCUUCACUACUUGGUUAUUCCGUUCCGACCGGAGAAAGGACACUCGUGGGAGUAUGCUUACGGUGUGAUAUCAGCCAUAACGGCGUCCUUCCAAGGACUCUGCGUGGCUAUACUUUUCUGCUUCUGCAACGGCGAGGUGAUAGCGCAGUUCAAGCGCAAGUGGGAAGGCACAGCGUUCGCGCGCAAACGCGCCAACUCGUGCACGGCCACGACAGUAUCGUUUGAGCGCUUAUCACUGCUGGCUGGCGCAGUCACACAAAAGUGAUCAUAAAAACUUCGUCCAUGCUCUCAUACAUACACUCUCGCUUCCUACUCUGCUUCUUCACUCUUUCCUUUACGCUUUCUUGGGCGGCUUGACUAUGUGGUGAAACCUGGCGAAACCUGGAGCACGUAGUAUAUAUUUAUCUCAGUGGCUGUAACUUCGUGAUACAAAUGCAUUCAUUUCGAAUUUAUUUAACCUACAUAACAAUAUACCUACGCGAUGUAAUUAUUGUCACAUCUUUAUCUCAAUAUGUCAAUAAAUCAAAUUGACUUGAAAAUAUUAUCUUAAUAAAUAUGAGCACAAUGUUUGUCAUUUAUUGAUUAUUUUGAUAUUUACGUAACUAUUUGUUAUAUGACUUAGCAGGACAAAAUUAACGAAAUAUAAUUUUGAAGAAACAGCUCACAGACAUAUACGCCAGAUAAACCUCGUAGAGCGCAAGCAAAAAUACAUGCAUCGCUUUCACAGCACCGCUAAGCAUUUUAAGAGCCAAUAAAAGAUAAGCAUACUAGAGCGACAAAACAAACAAAUGCUUCUGUGGCCACUACAGCGACACCUUGCCAUGAAGUCUUUAUCGAUGUCGCUUCGCGACUCGUCAAUGGUGCGAUGCGGACGUCUCUAUAUAUUAUGUAUAUUUUUUAAUGUGUUUUGUUGAUUAUUCUUACACUCCAUCAUUAUUUAUACAGUAUAAAAACCAUUGCACUUACCCUCGGCAAUGGACUAACUAACUACUGAUUGCAAUUAACAUUUGUUUAUUUGUACUGAGAAGUUUUUAAUUAAUCAAGAGAUGCGAUCGAAGAGUCAGCAAAGAUGAUUUAAGAGUAGCUGGGAUAAUCUCGAAUAAGGGAUAUAAGUCCGCGCUUAAUCAGACGCGAGCAAAUUCUGCUCCUAUAGAUCAGACGAUAAGCAGAAUCAGUGUUUGAAAUAAUAAUCGGAAAAAAAAACAAGAUAGAAAGCGAAAAGCUUGUGAGUCCGUAUCGCCCCAAUGGCAGCCGUCCGAGUCGAGUCCAUUGUGGGGUGUUGACU